CAGCGGCUCGUCUCGCCAGACGCCAGUGUUUACAAUUCAAAGUGGAUUCGGAGGCAUGGAGGAUCAAUAGUCUGUUCGGCGUUUAUCGUUCUGCUUAAUCGCGUCAAUUAAUUCUCUGAUCGUGCCUAAGUAUGCCGUCUCGCGGGGAAGACAUCCUCAAGGGCUUUCAAGUUAAUUGGAUGAAUCUGCGGGACGCCGAUAACGGGAAGAUUCUCUGGCAGGGUAACGAAGACUUAUCUGUACCUGACGUGGAGCACGAGGCACGUGUGCCGAAAAAGAUCUUGCGAUGCCGCGCGGUCUCGAGGGAGAUCAACUUCAGCUCUGCCGAACCGAUGGAAAGGUUUCGCCUGGAACAGAAAGUGCUGUUCAAAGGGCGCUGCCUGGAGGAAUGGUUCUUCGAAUUUGGAUUUGUCAUUCCCAACAGCACCAACACGUGGCAGAGCCUGAUCCAGGCGGCACCGGAGAGUCAAAUGAUGCCGGCGAAUGUAUUGAAUGGCAACGUUGUAAUAGAAACAAAAUUCUUCGACGACGAUCUCUUAGUGUCUACCAGUCGAGUCCGUCUCUUCUACGUCUAAGGCAAGAUUUCCUAAACGGUCCUAAUAAUAUCGUACGUAACGCGGGACCAAUCAGUGUGAAACAGAGACUCUUAUUACGAAAAUGGAACAACGCACGUAUGAAAAACUUCAUACAAAUCGAACAGUUUUCGUCCUUUGUAGCCAGACACUUAUGCAUACACACUACUGAUAUACGAUAUUGACAAAGCUCAUAAUUUUGUAGAGAUAUACAUAAUUAGAUUUCACAUGCAAACAAAUUGAUACGAAAUUAUAAAGUUUCGAGCAAUAGCAUUUUUCGAACAAAGCCUAAUAUUGUAUCUAGAAUACGUUUUUCACUUAUGAGAAUGUGAAGGGUGUGAGCUGCACUAUUGAAGCACAUAAUUUAUUUGUUAUUUGUUAAGUAUGAAUAAAAGUAUGCAACAUAAGUUUUGUACAUAUUGUAAUACACUACACCGCGAGCAAUAAAGUUUUAAAAAAAGUUA